AUGUUUGCACAUGAUAACCCUUCGCUUGAGCAAACCAAGUCCAAGAAAAACGUCGAUUUCCUUUCUUUAAAGCCGUUAGAUAUGUUUAAAAUUAUGAAUACACUGAGUUCUCAGAAUCCGCACGAUCGGGGAGCUGUCUCGACGAGUGGGCCAUUUCCCCAGAAACUCCGUGGCUUCGAUGUUGGAUCUCGGGGCUCAGUGAAAGAUUCAAUACCCAAUGGUAGUGAAACACCAAUAAACGUUGCGCCAACUAGAGCUUAUGAUACCCUUUGUGACUCCGAAUUAGAGUCGGGGAUAAAAGAUAUUUUCACUAACACUCAAAACAACACGGUACUAAGCCCCGAAUACUGUGAUUCGACCUUAUCUCGAAUAAAUUCGCAUGAUGAAGGAAACCACAAAACCGGUCAUUCCAAAAGGUCUCCUCAAUCUGAUUCUAAAGAUCGUUUUUUAGCGUCUAAUAGAAUCGGCCCCUCUAUCAUUCCGACUUCUGAUAUCAACUUCCCGUCAAGACAGGAUAUUGAACGCUCUUACACACCCCAGAACGAAGUAAAAAAUCCAAUUUCGAGUUUUGGUACCGUUUCAACGUCUGGAUUUUACAUGAUUUCCAAAACUCCUGUCGUUAUGAACCCAUACACACAAACAUCCGAUCAUUUUGCAGAGAAAGUACUUGCUUCCGACCUUCAUUUAGAAAUCAACCAAAAAGAGGCCCAAAGCCUGGUACAGCCUUCUCAGCAGAGGGAGCCAAGCCCUACAUCCAAUCAGAAAGAAACAACUCCAAUCUCUCUUAGUGUAUUGAAAUGCAGCCCUGAAGCUAAGGCAUUUCCCUGGCAGACUUCGGCGCCGCCUGCCAAGGAACUCUCUGGCUCUUGGUUGGAUUCUGGUUCGGAUGGUGUGAAAACUAUCUCUUCAGAAGUCGGUGGCCCGGUUCUAGGAAGCGCAGGCUACUCCUUCGUUACAGAAUCUAGAUUCGCUGCUAUUGCUCAAAAACUUAGUAAAGGUAGCAAUAACGGAGCGAUCAUUCCAAAAGAUAUUGCGACUGAGACUCCCAAUCAAGACCGGUCUAAGUUUAGCCACGAUACAUCUCCCAAAGAAAUGCUACAGGAACAACAACCAACGGAACAUCUUAUUCAACCAAGGGAAGUGCCAAAUAUCGACAUCAGUGGCGAUCCGCAUUUCAAGAACCAUUCAGGAACUGAGGAGGGGGCUCCUAUAUCGAUGUCAACAACAGCCUCCGGUUUCGGGGAACUUUUGGGGUUUAAAGAAGCCCCAGGUCAAUCCGUGCCAGACUCCUCGGAUAUAGUGGAUGACGAUUCUAAUCACACAUCUUCAGGAGGGGAUAAAAAUGAAAAUGAAGAAAAUGCAGAGAUUCAAGCUUUAGGAAAUCUCAAAGAUAUUGUGCUCGUUAGCCAUAAGCCAUAUACAAAACGCAUAACUGCUAGGCGUCGAGUGCGCCAAGGAGAAUUUGCUAAAUGGUGUGAAGGGAAAUCUAAAGAAAUCCAAAUCGAAGCAAUAAUUGAACGUCAUCAACAGGAUGAGGAAAAAAUGUCCGCGAGAGCAAUGAUUACAUCUCACAAAUUCAUUAUCUCGGACCCUCGUGAAUAUCAAAUGGAGCUUUUCGAAAUUGCCAAGGAACGAAAUACCAUCGCAGUGCUUGAUACAGGCUCCGGCAAAACCCUUAUUGCUUGUCUUUUAAUCCGACAUAUGGUUGACCAAGAGCUUGAAUCUCGUAUGCUUGGUCGUCACCGCCGUGUCAGCUUUUUUCUUGUCGACUGUGUAACACUUGUUUUUCAGCAGGCGGCAGUUUUGAAUUGCAAUAUUGAUGCAAAGAUUGGCAAGUAUUGUGGUAACAUGGGAGUUGAUCUCUGGAAAAAAGAUAUUUGGGAUAAAAUUCUUGAUGAUGAGCAGGUUAUUGUCAUGACGGCAGAUGUGCUUUACAAUUGCCUCACGCAUGCAUUUAUCACGAUGGAAGAUAUAAAUCUUCUUUGCUUUGAUGAGGCGCAUCACGCAAAGAAAAGGCAUGUAUAUGCACGGAUAAUUAAAGAUUUCUAUAUAUGUGGGCCUGAAGAUAUGAGACCGAAAAUCUUCGGGAUGACAGCUUCACCAGUUGACGCACGAGUUGAUGUUGUUCAGGCUGCCUUAGAGCUUGAAGAACUUCUUCACAGCAAAAUUACAACUGCAAGUGACCUGAUGCUGCUCCAGAGCUCUGUUAACCGCCCUAAAGAGGAAGUUGCAGCAUACAGCAAGCUUCAAGCUCCAUUUCAAACCCAGCUCUGCUCAAAACUCUACAGCAAAUAUGGUAAAUACGAAUCCUUCGGAAAGAUAUUUGCGUUCUCCAAGCAGUGUGCUUCCGAACUCGGCCCUUGGUGUGCAGAUCAAGUAUGGAGAUUUGCACUGUCUGAACAAGAAUACCGCAAACUCAAGCGUAAAGAGGAACGCAAUGUGAAUCGCCAAAGUAGUCAGAAUGGUCUCGAUCUUAUCGAAAAGGAUAUACAACUCCUCCGGGAAGCAAAGGCGGAUGUUCAGAAUCAUAUUUUUGACACCCCGGAUCCAGAGACCAGUGAUUUAAGCUCAAAGGUAGUUUUACUGCAUCGGUUCCUUAGACAUGUGUAUGCCGAAGAAAACAACAACAAGUGUAUCAUCUUUGUCAGUAGAAGAUACACUGCUCGUGUCCUGGCUGCACUAUUGAAGGAAGUCGGGAGCCAGCAUAUGAAACUUGGUAUCCUUAUUGGAUCAAGUUCCUCCGGUGCCGGUGAUGAGAACGUCACUUUCAGACAACAAAUGAUAACUGUGAGCCAGUUCAGGAGGGGUAAAUUGAAUUGUCUCAUUGCUACUUCGGUGGCGGAGGAGGGCUUGGAUAUACCUGAUUGUAGUUUGAUUAUUAGGUUUGAUCUAUAUACCACGAUGAUUCAAUAUAUCCAGUCGAGAGGACGAGCACGUCAUUCAAAAUCUCGCUAUAUUCAUAUGCUGGAGGCCGGCAACGAAGAGCAUAGGAGAAUUCUCGGCGACGUACGAAGCGCAGAGGGGAUCAUGAGAACGUUUUGUCAAAGCCUUCCGGAAGAUAGAUUACUUAACGAACCACCCAAUAGCGAACAUCUCCUUGAUGAAAACGAUCGUAUUUACAUCGAGCCAGAGAGCGGUGCGAAGCUAACCUUUUCGUCUGCAAUGCAAAUUAUGGGACACUAUCUUGGUAGCUUGCCUCAUGAUGGCGAAGAUUUAUCUCCACCUAUCUAUAAAGUCCGCCAUCUUGGAGAUAGGUCGUAUAUCUGUGAAUUAUUACUCCCUGCUGGAUCGCCAAUCACUUGCGUUGAGGGCGCAGUCAUGACUACUAAAGCCGGGGCAAAAAGAGCCGCUGCAUUCGAAGCUUGCUUGAAACUCAGAGCUAAAGAACAUCUAAAUGCUCACCUCCUCCCAAAAUAUAGACUGAGGGAUAUUCCAAAGAUGGCCAAUGCACACUUGGCCUUGGAUUCCAGCAAGACUCAAAAUUAUGCAUCGAAAGAGAAACCUACAUUCUGGACAAUCCAAGAUAGCAUACCUCCUCCACAGGCUUGGAUAACUAUAUUUCUUUUAUCCAAUCAACAGGAGAUCAAUGAAAGGCUUCUGCCAAUAGCUAUCGCUACCAGGGAAAAGCUUCCUAAUAUUCCAAGCUUUCCUAUAUAUUCCGAUAGAGGUGCCCUUUCAGAUGUUAUUUCAUUACGUCUAAAUAAACCUUUGGAUGUAACGGUUGAGAAACUUGAAUUGCUCAGUAGGUUCACUAUACGUUUGUUCUACGACUUAUUCAAUAAGCUUUUUGAGCAAGACGACUCGACGUUUCCAUAUUGGAUCGCACCGUGCAAAAGCGGAGAGUGGAAUGAGGAAACCUUAGCUGACGAUGUACUUGACUGGGAAAUGAUGACAGACAUCAUGUCCUCCCUACAAUUAGAGUGGAAUGACAAAACACCAAUCAAUAACUUCGUUGAUAGGUUUCUUGUGGAUAGAAGGCAGCGGAGUAGACGUUUCGUUGUCUAUGAUUGUGAUCCAACGUUAAGUCCCAAGGAUCCUGUUCCAAUGCAAAUAGCUCAUGGAUCGACAAUCUCCAAUAUACUUGACUACUCAUAUAAUGCUGGGAAAAAGGGUGCUGCAAAAUGGAAGUACAUAAAAUGGAAAAUCCCGGAGACAGAACCUGUACUAAUAGCUGACCGACUGCUGCAUCGGCUGAAUUACUUGGACCCCCCUACUGAGAAGGAUGCGAAUACGUGUACCGAAGCUUGGAUUUGCCCUUCGGCUUUUCAAGUUUCUAUGAUACCGUGUCACAUUAUACAUAUGGCCAUGAUAUUUCCGUCUAUCAGCACUAGAAUCGAUGCAUACCUUCAUGCUUGGGACGUCUGCAAGCUACUAGGAAUGGAAGACUUGGAUCUUGGGCUGGCUUUAGAGGCUAUCACAAAGGAUUCCGAUAAUUCUCAUGAACAUAAUAAAGAUCAAGUGAAUCCAAGGAAAGGAAUGGGAAAUAAUUAUGAGCGCUUGGAGUUUUUAGGAGAUUGUUUCUUGAAAGUAGCAUCUUCCGUUAGUCUUUUUGCGGAAAAUCAUGAGAACGACGAGUAUCAGUUGCACGUUAAACGUAUGUUACUCGUUUGCAACCAGCACCUAUUUGAAAAAGCCAAACGAAUCAACCUACCAACUUAUAUCCAAACGGAGGGAUUCUCGCGCCGCUGGUGGUAUCCAGCCACCAUGAAACAGAUUUUAGGAAAGGGCACUGGUAAGAAAAUUAGUAAGCCAGGCAGUCUACAUAGGCUCGCCGACAAAUCUAUUUCCGAUGUAUGUGAGGCCUUGAUAGGAGCAGCAUUCAUUGACAAAGGCCUUGAUGGCGCUACCGAGAUGGUAACUGCCAUUUUACAAACACCAGAACACCAGCAGAAAGAAUGGGCGGAUUACUACAAAGGAUAUACCAAACCUGGAUACCAGACUGCUCUGCCCUCUGCUUCACAGAUAAAAUUAGCAAGGGACAUUGAGAAACAGAUUGGCUAUAAAUUUCAAUCUCCAAAGUUACUUGUGUCUGCGUUCACACAUUCAAGUAAUCCUUACUCUUGGGAGAAGGUGCCAUGCUACCAGAGGCUGGAAUUUUUAGGAGAUUCUCUACUGGAUCUGGUGUGUGUGCGGUAUAUCUUUAAUAAAUAUCCAGAGGCAGAUCCCCAAUGGUUAACCGAGCACAAAAUGGCCAUGGUUUCAAACAAGUUUCUCGGCGCCGUUUCUGUCGAAAUGGGCUUUCAUCGAAAACUUAAGAGAGUUGGCCAGCAUUUAGAUAUUGCGAUUCGAGACUAUGCGAUAGAAAUCACAGAGGCCAAAGAGAAAUCGAACGGAGCAGUUGACUUCUGGACAUCAGUAAGCCCACCACCAAAGGCUCUACCUGAUAUCCUCGAGGCAUUUAUCGGUGCCUUAUUUGUCGACUCCGAAUUCAAUUACCAGAUAGUUGAAAAAUUCGUCUCUGAUUUCAUCCUUCCAUACUUCGUUGACAUGACUAUUUAUGACAAUUUUGCUGGCCAACACCCGACCACCUUCCUCACUCAGCGCAUGACAGACUUGGGUUGCACCAAUUGGGGUUACGAAAGUGAGCAAAUCAGGACUGAAGAAGAGUACUUUAUUCUCACCGGGAUUUUGAUCCAUAGCAAGGUUUUCGCGUUUGGGAAAGGACCAUCUGCGAAAGCUGCAAGAAUUUGUGCGAGCGAGGCUGCGCUUGAAAAGUUAAAUAGUGAUGGGUUGAUUGAGUUCCAAGGCAUCUGUGAUUGUAAAAUUGUGGGGGAGAAUGAGAUGAAGGAUCUAGAAAGAGCUAAGGGUAUUAGAGCGAAUGGUGAGGAGGAGGAAGUUGUUUGGCUAGAGGAAUAA